AUGCCCGUCCACCACCUCAUGAUCGGGACAUGGACCCCGCCGGGUGCCAUCUUCACCGUCGCCUUUGACGACGAGAAGUUCACUCUCGAGCUCGUCAAGCGCACCGAGAUCCCCAAGGACCAGCCCAUCUCGUGGAUGACCUUCAGCCACGACAAGAAGAACAUCUACGGCGCCGCCAUGAAGAAGUGGUCCAGCUUCGCCGUCAAGAGCCCCUCCGAGAUCAUCCACGAGGCCUCUCACGACAUGACCCAUGAUCCCAACGCCGCCCUCUCAACAACAAACACCCGCGCAAUCUUCCUGCUCGCGGCGCAGAAGCCCCCCUACGCCGUCUACUGCAACCCCUUCUACAAGCACGCCUCCCACGGCAACAUCUUCACCGUCUCCCCCACCGGCGCCCUCCACACAAACGUCCAGAACUACCCCUAUGACCCCAACUCGGGCAUCCACGGCAUGGUCUUCGACCCCACCGAGACCUACCUCUACUCGGCCGACCUCACCGCCAACAAGCUCUGGGUCCACAAGAAGCAGUCCGCGGACUCGGCGGAGCUCGACCUCGUCGGUUCCGUCGACGCCCCCGACCCGGGCGACCACCCGCGCUGGGUCGCCAUCCACCCUACCGGCAAGUACCUCUACGCCCUUAUGGAGGCCGGCAACCGCCUCUGCGAGUACGUCAUCGACCCGUCCACCCAGCUGCCCGUCUACACGCACCGCUCCUUCCCCUGA